AAUUAAAACAUGUUUUAACUUCUAUUAUCAUCAUCAUUAUCGUCGCCCUUUUCUUUGAGCAUUUUCUUGAUGUUCUAAUCAUUUGAGGCUCUCCUAGUUGUGGGUGUGCUAUAUGAAGAUAUACCCCUUUGGAUCCAUCGCAUGUUGGAUAUAUAUAUAUAUAUACAUACACCCAUAUAUCCACUCGACACCACACUGCAUCUCGUGGGUCACUACCGAGCCCUCUAGGGAUCUGUUAGGGCCGAUUCAUUGAGAUAUUGUGAUUAUCGACAAGGGAAUUGAUUCUUCUCUGGAGAAGAAAACCAAAUCCCAAAGGUGGGGGACUAGAGGAAGAAAAUGGCCACUUCAACAAACACAGUCACAUCCACAGCAUCGACGACGACGACGACGACAGGAAAUGCGACAAUUCUACUAUUCGCCUCAGCGGCCUCGUACUGCAACGACAUCGAUACAUUGAAAGCACCGACGCCCACGACACUUGGAGAUAUCUUGACCAUGCUCGAACGGCAAUAUCCCGGCAUCACGGAAAAGGUCUUACGCAGUAGUGCAUUCACCGUCAAUCUCGAAUAUGUGGAUGUGGAGUUUGGGGAUGAGAAGAAUGAGGUCGAUGAUAAGAAGAACAUGACCGCUAGCCCUCAUCUCGAAGGGUGGGAUAUUCCCAUCAACCCCGGUGAUGAGGUCGGAGUCAUUCCUCCAGUUAGUAGCGGCUGAUAUCUUCCAUCUUUCGACUCGACAGUGAAACAACCCUAGCAUUGGUUCAUUCGCCUUCUGGCCGGCCUCUUGCGCUGGUAAUUCAUCGACUGAUGGAUCACAGAAUCGGUCGUCCUGACCAUGGCCUGAUCUGGCCUGACAUAGCCCACAUGCCUAUGGGUUAGCCAGGAGAUAUAGUAUUUGCAUAACAUGGAUUUGUGUUCUGGCAACAUACAUAAGUUUGGACAAUGAUGAAUUACGGCGGCGAGGCCUUCAACGCUAAUAAGAUUUCAUCACUCAAAGCAACUUGAAGUAUCAAGAUGUCUGGGAGAAGAGAGAAGUGAUUGGAGUGAUAUCCUGUCUGCCAUGUACUGUCCGUCAUAUUAU